AUGAUUCACCCGAAUGAGCCUGCUGACCUCAGCAGCCCCCCUUCGGAGCCCUCCCCACCCGCUGCCUUCCAGUUUGCCCCUCGUCAUGGGCAUGUGGACUGGGGGCGCAUUAGCGCCCUGGAUGUGGACCGUGUGGUCCAGGAGGUGGACGUGGGCACCCUUCAGGAGCACAUGGGAGACAUCACCCUCACCAACUUUGAGGGAAAAGUCUGUGCUCACUGCGCCCAGCCUGUCGCCCCAGAGCUUCUCAAAGUGCUGCGCCUUUUACAACUCAACAUGGAGUACUUGGACCAUCGGCACACCUGCCAGAGGGCCAUGAGCAGGGGGCUGCAGGCGCAGCUGCAGGCCAGCCUGGCCCAGCAGGAGCAGGCCCAGCAGAAGGUGCAGCGCCAGGCUGCAGAGCUGCAGGCUCUGAAGGAGGAGAAUCUGCUGCAGAGGGAGAAGAUCAGCAUCCUUCAGCAGAUUCUCCUCUACAGGGACUCUGAACCAUUUAACACAUGCACCCUCUGCCAGAAGACCUUUCUGGAUUCAACAUACCUAUGGAUACACAUCCAGAGGAGACAUCUCUAUCCAUCAGAAAAGGAGAAUCAACUAAAAAAUGAAAUAAAGGACCUGAAGCAGAGUCUGAAGAAGGCCCAGAAGGAGCUGGAGGCCCAGAAGAAGGAGGCGCAGCAGCAGCAGCAGCAGCGCCAGCGCCAGCGCCAGCGCCAGGUGGGCCUGGAAGGGAAGCAUUGGGUACUGUCACCCUGCACAGCCACGGCCAUGUGGUGCAAGUGUGUCCCCAGGACCUGCAUCCUGGCACAGUAG